AAAGCACAUUACUGCUGUGUUCAAGCCUUUCAAAAUGCAGUUUUCAACCUUGAUAUCGUUGCUUCAUGUUUUGUCUGUUUCCGCGCUCGGAUGGAAUAUUUCGAUUGAUGGCUGUGAGGCUCUCUCCUCAGUGUUGCCGAAUAAUACCUUUUACUCCUCGGCGUCGACAUACAAUGCCUCCAUCGUAUCCUAUCCAUUCCUUCAGCUAAGGUUACACCCGUACUGCAUCUUCAGGCCCAGUUCUGCGCAGGAUGUAGCUACCGCCGUCACUGUGUUGAAGGACAGUAAUCAUACCAAGUUCGCGAUCAAGGGCGGAGGGCACAAUGCGAAUGCCGGCUACAACAACAUUCAGGAUGGUGUUACGAUUGACAUGCAGAGUCUAAAGAACGUCGAAGUUGCAAGAGGUGAUCAAGUUGUGAGAGUUGGAGCAGGAGCGUUGUGGCAGAACGUGUACGAUGAGGCAGAGAAGCGUAACCUGACCGUGCUCGGAGGACGAAUCGGGGUUGUGGGAACCGCCGGUUUCCUAACUGGAGGCGGCAUAUCCUUCUUCAGCCCCGAAAAAGGCUGGUCUUGCGACCACGUCGUAAACUUCCAAGUAGUCCUCGCCAGCGGCGAAAUCAUAAACGCAAACAUCACUUCCCACUCUGACCUUUUCGCCGCCCUGAAAGGCGGGCAAAAUAACUUUGGCAUCGUUACACGCUUCGAUCUAAAAGCCUACCCCGCAGGCCCCCUCUGGGGCGGCAGGAUAGUCUAUGCCCCCAACGCCACCAUUUCUCUCCUCCAAGCCUUCACCAACUUUAAACUCGGUGAUUACGACCCCUACGUCGCAGGCUGGGUCACCAUACGCUACAACCACACAGCUUCGAUCUUCAACCCCGUAAGCAUCAUGUGGUACACCAAAGCCUCGCAGAAGCCCGGCGCGCUAAAAGGCAUCGUGGAAGUCCGGCCGCAGAUUACAAAUGGCAUGGUCGAAGCGCCCAUUAGUGAGCACACAAGAAAUGCAUCAAGGCAGGUUAUUGCGAACCCGCAACGCACGAUUUGGGCUACGACUUCGUUUUAUAUAAAUCCGACGAUUGUGCAGAGCAUCCACGCAAAGUGGAAGACGCUCGUGCUUGAGAUAUCGGAACAGUACGCCUACGCUAAACCAGUCGCUGAACUAACGUUCCAAUCGCUUCCCGCGUCUCCUCGUAACGGAAGCGCACCUAAUAGUAUGGGCUUUUCACCUGAGGAGACGCCAGAGAAGAAUGUGGUUUUUUUGCAGCUUGUAUUCACCUUCGAGGCUGCGGCUGCAGACGAGGGGUUUAGGGAGGGACUAAAGGACUUGUUGAAGGCGGUGGAGGAUGUGGCUAAGGGGGAAGGAGUGCUGCAUCGUUUCAAGUAUUUGAAUUUUGCCGAGUCUUUUCAAGAUCCCCUGGGGGGUUAUGGGGAGGUGGAGUUGGAGAGGUUGAGGGGGGUUGCGAGGAAGUACGACCCUCAGGGAAUGUUUCAGACGCAGGUUCCGGGUGGGUUUAAGGUUUUCUGAUUGGCGUGGGUGUGGUAGUGCAGAUAUGUUAAGAUGUCGUUUAUCCUUGUUGUAAUUUGUAAAGCUAUGUAACGUGUGUGUAUGUGAAGAAUUUCAACGUAUAAAGCAAUAAAA